AUGAAGCCUGCUGCCUGGCCUUCCCAGCUCUUUGGGUGCCUCCUGAUGUCGUCCGUCUUACUGGCCGCAGAUAAAGUACCAAGGGUGACCUUCCGGAGGGGGAACUCCAGCCGGAUCCUCACACCGUUCAGCAAACCAGGGCUUCUGAGCUACGACACUUUGCUCCUGAGCAGAGACGGGGCGACUCUCUAUGUGGGCGCCAAAGAGGCCAUCCUCUCCUUCGAUAUCAGCAGCGCUCAGUCCAUCAAGCUGAAGGGUGAGAUAACCUGGAGGCCCAUUCCCAAGAAAAGGGAAGAGUGCAUCAUGAAGAGAAGUAACGUCAAGACAGAUUGUUACAACUUCAUCCGCAUCCUGGUAGCGCUGAACGAGACGCACAUCUACGCCUGUGGAACCAACGCCUUCAACCCCACUUGUGCUUACAUUGAUGUAAAGACGUUCACCCUGGUCAGUGAUGCAAAAGGAGAACCGGUCUUCAUGACAGGGAAGGGUUCCUGUCCCUACAACCCUGAGUACCGGAACACAGUGACCAUCGUUGACGGGGAACUUUACACGGCCACCAUGAACAACUUCCAAGGGAGCGAGCCCAUCAUCUCUCGGACCCUGGGAAGCAGGGUUGCCUUGAAGACCGACAGCGCCCUUUCCUGGAUGCACGGCGAUGCAGUGUUUGUGGCCUCUUUCAUCGCCCCAAAGCCCUCGGAUGAUGACAAAGUCUACUUCUUCUUUGAGGAAACGGCGAAGGAGUUUGACUUCUUUGAGAAACUGACCGUCUCCAGGGUGGCUCGCGUCUGCAAGAACGACGUCGGGGGGGACAAGGUGCUGCAGCGCAAGUGGACCACCUUCCUGAAAGCCCAGCUCUCCUGCAUCCAGCCGGGGCUCUUUCCGCACGCCGUCAUCCAGCACGCUUUCGCCGUCCCGCAGCCGGGCGGGGGUGCCGUCUUCUAUGGCGUCUUUGCUUCCCAGUGGCAGGCCGACCUCCACCGAAGCUCUGCAGUGUGUAGCUUCAGCCUAGAUGCAGUCAAAAAAGCCUUCGAUGGGAAAUACAAAGACUUCAACAAAGACUGUUUCCGCUGGACGACAUACAAUGGGCCGGUCCCGGAGCCCCGCCCCGGCAGCUGUUCAGUUGGUUCAUCAGCAGACAGAGCCCUCAGCUUCAUCAAAGAACACUUCCUGAUGGAUGAGAUGAUUGAGCCGAUCGAUAACAAACCUCUGCUGGUGCAGCACGGAGUGAAUUACACCCGGAUUGUAGUACACCAAACUCCGGAUACUUCGGGGACUCUCUACAAUGUGCUGUUUCUGGGGACAGACAACGGUUUCCUUCACAAAGCGGUGGUUGUCGGCAGCGGAGUUCAUAUCAUUGAGGAGAUACAGCUCUUUGGAAAGCCGGAAGCAGUCCAGAACCUGUUGCUCUCGCCUGAAACGGGGGUGUUAUAUGUGGGCUACUCCCAGGAAGUCUUGCGAGUCCCGCUGGCCAACUGCAGCGCGUACGCAACCUGCGUCGACUGCGUGUUAGCGCGGGAUCCUUACUGCGCCUGGGGUCGAGGCAAGUGCAGAAGCACUCGGGAAAACACAGCGGACAAGAGUGCCUGGCUGCAAGAUGUUGCGAAGGGGAAGCCCAGCUUGGAAUGCCAGAACAACAGCAGGAAGGGCAGCGUUUGCGGGGGAGGCCUGUGUGCUUUGGUGACCUUCCAAAACACCCACUCCUGCUUCCUUGGCCCAACGUCUCCUCUUGUUGACGGUGCUGACACGCUUGCUCUUGAUGGUGGCUUCUCGGGGGCGGAGAACAACUAUGCAAGGCCCAAAGUGCCCCCGGCAGCCCAGCUGGCCCAGGAAACCUCGUUCCGUGCCCCCUCUGGCUUUCACAGUUUCCACAGCCGUCAGUCCCAUGUUUGCAAGCAUCGUGGCGCGGAUAACCUCCCCUGA